AAUUGCGACGACUUGUUCCUUUCAACUUGUUCAACUUGGUCGGUCAACACAAUGGCAAAGAACAAGUCAAAGUCAAAGUCCUCUGCGACCUCCGCGUCGCAGGGCAGCGGCCUCAACAAGCUCCUCCUGGUUCUCGGUCUCCUCACAGCUCUCCUGAGCUCUGUCGUCUACUUUGUCGAGCAGAACCUGAACCAGUUCUACAUCUUCGACCUCGAUCACCUCGACGAUCUCUCUAAGCGAGCCAUCGCUAAGCACGGAGAGGACACCCGAUCGGUUGUGCAGUACAUCGUCACGGAGCUCAACGAGAAGGUUCCCGAGCACAUCAACCUCAAGGAGGAAUGGGUCUUUAACAACGCUGGUGGUGCUAUGGGUGCCAUGUACAUCAUCCACGCCAGCGUUACCGAGUACCUCAUCAUAUUUGGCACUGCCAUUGGUACUGAGGGCCACACGGGUCGCCACACCGCCGACGACUACUUCCACAUCCUUUCUGGAACUCAGCUGGCUUACGUCCCUGGCGAGUACAAGGCUGAGGUGUACCCCGCCGGCAGCAUCCACCACCUUCGCCGCGGCGAUGUCAAGCAGUACAAGAUGCCCGAGGGCUGCUUUGCGCUCGAGUACGCUCGCGGCUGGAUCCCUCCCAUGCUCUUCUUUGGCUUUGCCGACGGCCUUUCCAGCACCCUCGACUUCCCUACACUCUGGGAUACCACCCGCAUCACUGGUCGCGAGAUGAUCAACAACUUGCUCAAGGGCAAGCUGUAGGGAAAUGCUUAGGUCUUGUGGAAAUGGAAUGACCUUCAGAUCGUAGGGGAUUGUGUGUUUACCAAUCCGGGAGCUUAAAAGAAAUGCAAUAGGCUUGGAUAUUCAAAAAGGGCUUUUGUCGUGGCUGUAUCAUUAGACUUUUCUACUUGGAAAGAUACCAG